AUGCAUUUCUGGGAGUCCGUGCUCUGUGCUCUCUUAGCAUCCCUCUUUGCUGUUUUCCUCAGCGGGCUCUACUUGAUCGGCGUGUUCCGCAAGAGGGGACCCAACGAACCGCCGUUGGACAAAGGUCUCAUCCCAUGGCUCGGGCACGGGAUAGGAUUCCAAAAGAACCCUGUGGAGUUUUUGGCAAAGAUGCGGAAGAAGCACGGGGAUAUUUUCACAGUGCUGGUCGGCGGCAUUUACAUACAUUUUAUGAUGGACCCUCACACUUAUGGGACGAUCAUCAAGGAAUCGAAAGACAAGCUGGAUUUUGACGCGUUUGCCUCCACCAUCGUUUACAAUGUCUUUGGCUUCCAACCGAGCGAAGCUCAUCAUAAAGUGGUGCAGGAAGUGAGCAAGAAAUAUCUCCGGAAUAAGAAUCUUGCCGAUCUGAACCAGGUGAUGAUGGAGAACUUGAAGGCCGUGAUGCUUCAGAACGUAGGCUCGGGUGAGGGAGAGAGACCCUGGCGGCAAGACGGGGUCCUCAACUUCAGCUUCAAGGCCAUGUUCCAAGCCGCUUUCCUGACUUUGUUUGGUACUGACCCCUGCAACGGUGGAGACGCCAAAGGAACUUCUAAGGACCAUCAAGCACUGCAGUGUGGAGAGUGGUUUGAAGAUUUUCAGAAAUUCGACAAUUACCUUCCCUCCUUGAUCAUCGGUGUGCUGGAUUCUGCGACCAAGAAGGAGACGGAGAGACUGAGGAACUUCUUCUGGGAUGUGUUGUCGGUAGAAAAAGUUCUGAAGAAGGACAACAUCAGCAGCUGGGUAGCUGAGCAAGAUCAACAGAUGGCUGAGAUUGGGAUGACCGAAAAGAUGCGGACGCAGUUCCUGUUUCUCCUUUUCUGGGCCUCGCAAUCUAACACCGGGCCGGCCACCUUCUGGGUUUUUGUGCAUCUCCUGAAACAUCCAGAAGCGAUGAAGGCAGUGAAGGAGGAAGUAGACCAAAUCCUGAAGGAGACUGACCAGGAAGUCAAGCCAGGAAGCCCCCUGAUCCAGGUAUCCUUUGACACCAUAAAGACUCCUCUUCUAGACAGUGCAAUACAGGAAAGUCUACGCUUGAAAGUCUGUCCCUUUCUGUUCAGAAGCAUAAUGGAAGAUCUGGAUCUCAAAAUGGCAGACGGGAGAGAAUACGUCCUCCGGAAAGGAGACCAACUUAUCCUCUUCCCCUAUCUUAGCCUUCAAAUGGAUCCCGAAAUCUAUCCCGAUCCUCAGACUUUCAAACACGACAGGUUCGUGAACCCAGACGGCACCAAAAAAGAAUUCUACAAAAACGGGGAAAAACUAAAGUACUACAACAUGCCGUUCGGCGCUGGGCCUUCUACUUGUCCCGGGCGAUUCUUUGCGGUCAGUGAAAUGAAGUUAUUUGUGAUGCUGAUGGUCACCUACUUCGACAUGGAGCUGGUUAACAAGGAAGAGGAGAUCCCACCAGCGGAUCCCAGCCGCUAUGGGAUCGGCACCACACAUCCUGCUCGCGAUAUCCAGUUUAAGUACCGAUUGAGGAUCUAA